UUAAAUUCAAUAGAUAAUUAUUUACUAUAAGAAAACAAUAAUCAUUAAAAAAUUAAUUAAAUUAUACUAUCAAAAAUCACAAAGCAAACCAACUUACUAACAGGAUAACUAACUAACUAACAAACAAACAAUACCUUUAUUCUAUUAGACAGUAUGAAUUCUUUCUAAAAAUUCAGCCAAGAGCACUUAAAAGUGCUAUGCUAAAGAGGAAUAAGCACUCUGAUUGUCUUCGCUCUUGUUCUUAAAGUAAUUUAUAGCGGAGUAACUAUCUUUAGUGGUGUUUCCUUCCCUUUCUAAGAUAGUCUUAUAGCUACAGAGACUUAUUUCCAUCGCAUGAUUAUCUUCUGUAUUAUUACAACUGCUCUCAUAUUCCAGCUCUAUCAUUUAUUAGUUCAAAGAGCAGGAUUGAUUUCUAAAUUAGUUUUAAUCCUUUUAUUGGCUUCUCUUGUAGUUAACUUGAAUAGCCAAUAUCAAGCAAAAUCACUUUUCAUAGGAAAGGAAGAGAGCGUAACUGAGCUUGAUUUCUAGUAAAAGUGCUUAAAUAACUCAAAGUUACUCUGGCCAAGCCUCUCACAUUAAUUAUAUGAUGAAGCAAAUAAAAUGAACUGCUCAUAAAAUUGUCCUUGCACUAACAAAUCAGAUAUUGAAAACAACUAAUUUGCUAAUUUUUAAGCAUGCUUAGCUGAUUCAAAGAGCUCAAUUGAUUCAAAUGUAAGCGAAUCUAAAUAAGAAAAUAUUAGUUAUAGUCAUACUGAACAAAUUAAUUAUAAUUAAUAAUACUAAAAAAUUGCAGCUAUGCAAAAGCUUAGUGAUAUAGAAUAAUAACUUUAAUGUAGUGGAAUAUGUGAAAGUAAUUAAAACUACUUCUUCUGGGAUGUUAGUUAGAAACCUUAAGCAAAAGGAACUUGCUAUUCAAUUGCUGCUAAUUAAAUUUAAGCAGAAAUACUUUAAUACACUAAAAACUACACUCUAACUAUCAUAUUUUCAAUUAUUUGCACUCUUAUCCAAGAAAUCUUCCUCUACAAAUCAAUUUUGAUAAUUCAAUUCGCUAAGUCUAAGCUUGGAGCAUGCAUUGCUUUACCAAUUACAGCUUCUUAAAAUUUCAACUAGCUCAAUGAUCAAAGCGAGAAACCAAAAUAAUCUGAAAAAAAGGAAUAAAAUAUUAAAAUUCAUCUCAUUGACUUAUCUAAAAAGAUAAUUCCAUAAAAAAAUAAAGAAUAAAAAUGCAUUUUAUAAAUAAAAGUAUCACCUCAGUUACUUAAAAGUGAAAGCGAUAUCCAUUCUCCAGAAUGCAACAACGAAUUACCUAAAAUAAUAACUGAAAAUUAUAAAGAUUCUAACCCUCAUGAAUAAAAUUGA